AUGAUGCCUCCAUCAGACUCUUUGCGACACCACCUGCAUAAGCUUGCCGAAGUCCGGGCAAGUCGCAAUACUUCUUCUAUAUCUACCUCUACACCUACUUCUACUUCCACUCCAGGCACAGCUCCACCCCCAUACACAUUGUCUGUUACCAGACCCAGCGGCACCACUAUCAUGAGCGUCGACCAGGACGAUAUGGACGACCCAUGGGCUUCCCCAAUCAAUAUUUACAUCGACAACUCAAUCACCGUGACUGGUGAUGAAAACACCAUCAUGGUGUCGUCUCCUGGAAUGGAUUCUCCCACUGAUCCAACUCACCAGGAGGCCCCUCGCCUGAGUUCCAUCGCUGCUGUCAUCAUCGCUGCGCUGAACCGCGCAAAUGCUCUCCACGAUGAUAUGGGUUACCCCCGGCCUGUCAAUAUCCGCGCUCUCGCGGGCAUUCGGGUAAAUGGCCGAAAUAACAGCAUUUGUGUUGGACGAGAGAUCAACAAGUCUCAGAAUGAGACUGCCGACGUCGGAGUUAGAGAAAGCAACGGUCACAAGCGGCGCGCCAGCUCGGUUCGUACUCUACUCCGCAAAAAGAUCUUCAAGAAGUUUAAACACUGA